UGUCGCCAUGGUCACUAGCCAAACAUGAACUCAACAUCUUUACCUCGCCUCCCUCCAUCUUCACUUCUUUUCAUUUCUCCAAAACCAACCAAAUUCACUCUCUUUGCAACAACAACACACACUCUCAAAUUCAAUUCCUACUUAAAACACAAAUCCCCAAUUCAAGAAACACAACAACAAAAAUCCCAAAAUCACCAAGUUUUGACCCAAAACAUCAAACUUGGCAACAUUAAAACCAUAUCUCAAUUCAACAGUCUCUUCAUGGGUUUGGUCUCAAAACAUGAAUUAGACCUUGCUUAUAACUUAUAUUCAAGUUUGUCAAGUUUUGACUUUUUGCCUAAUAGUUUGACUUUUUCCAUACUUGUUCAUUAUUACUGCAAGAAAAAUGAACCAAUGGAAGGUAAAAAGGUUUUAGAACACAUGAUUGAAAAUGGGUUUGAUUUGGAUUUUGAUAAAGUUAAAAUCUUUACACAAAUAAUCAAUUGUUUUUGUAAAAAAGGAAAGUUAAAACAAGCAUUUGAAGUGUUGGAAAUGAUGGAUAAGGUUAAAUGUGAACCAACUAUUAAUACUUAUAAUUGUUUGUUAAAAGGAUUGUGUUAUGUUGGUAGAGUUGAAGAAGCUUUUGAAUUGUUGACAAAAAUCAAAAAAUCUUGUAAUGAUGAUUAUAAAGGUGUGAGCUUUAAGCGUUUGAAGUUGCGUCCCGACGUGUAUAGCUAUACCGCGGUUAUGGAUGGUUUUUGUAAAGUAGGUAGGUCUAAUGAGGCUUUAGAGUUGCUUAAUGAAGCUAUUGAGAUAGGUUUAAGUCCAAGUAUAGUGUGUUAUAAUACUAUCUUUAAUGGGUAUUUUAAGGAAGGUAGACCAAUGGAAGGGUUUAGUUUGUUGAAAGAAAUGAAAGAGCGAAAUUGUGAGCCGGAUUAUGUUAGUUAUAGUACAUUGUUACAUGGGUUGUUACAAUGGGGAGAGAUUAAGGCAGGGGUUAGGGUUUAUGAUGAGAUGAUGGAUAUGGGGUUUGCAGUUGAUGAACGAAUGAUGAAUACUUUGUUGAGAGGUGUGUGUAGGAAGUCUAGGAAGGAAAAAGAGUUUUUGAAAGAUGCAUACCGAAUGUUUGAUGAAAUGUGUAAGAGAGGGUGUGAGAUUGAUCCUUGUGCUUAUGAGUUGAUGAUUGAAGCUUUUUGUAAUGGGAAUGAGAUGGAUAGAGCUUUUGUUAAUUUGUAUGAGAUGUUAAAGAUGGGGUUGGCACCAAGAACGUUCACUUUGAAUAUCGUGGUUAAAGGGCUUUGUGUUGAGGGGAAGAUUGAGAAGGCAAUGUCGAUUUUGGUUUUGGCUUGUCAAGGGAGAAGUGAAAUGGUUGAUCGAGUUGCAUUUGAUGCCUUGAUUAAUGAGAUGAAUCGACAAGGCAUGGUUACAGAUGCUAGCUGUGUAUAUUGCGCUGCGUUGAAAAAUGGCGUGACUCCGCUUAGGAAGCCUAUUGUCAUAUGAUCUAAGUUUAAAUAUUUUUUCCCCUUUUGUGUUAAAUUCAGAAGUAGGAUAAGAUACUUUAUCAUGGUGCUAUGAUAAUUCAUUUGUCAUACUGCAAGUAGUUUCAGGUUACUAUUUUGAGAGUAAGUUGAUACAAUUUUUUGUGUAACUACUAACAGUGCAUCAGUUUUAAUCCAAAGGUCUGUUAGAAAAGAAA